UCACAGGUUACAACACAGAACUGAGAAAGAGGGGCGUGAUACAGGACAACUCAGAGGGCGUUGAUGGCACACUGGGACCUCUAAACGUUCACCUGGCAAAAAGACUCAGGUAAUGUAAGCUUCUGCAGCCUCGCAGCAGUCACCAAGCCUGGAUAAAAACAGCAAAAUACAGUAUUUCAUCCCUUUUCCCAGCCCCGUCAUUGAUGGGAAAUCAACUGGAUCGUAUCACCCACCUAAAUUACAGCGAGCUGCCCACUGGGGAUCCAGCGGGGAUAGAGAAGGACGAGCUGAGGGUCGGAGUGGCUUAUUUUUUCUCGGAUGAAGAGGAAGACUUGGAUGACAGAUCACAGCCCGAGAAUUACAAAGAUCAAAGUCCAAGCAAGGACGGGCACAUAGUUCUUAAUGAGAUCGAAUAUUCGGCUUUCUGCUGCCAGGAAUGUAUUUUCUCCAAAUUAAGAGAAAACGAAGAUCUGACUAUUUAUUCCAUAAAGACUCUGCUUACGAUAUGCAAACCCGGGGACCUGCUGGAACUUGUUUAUGUAGCCAACGAUCAGCCCCCGCACUGGGCAAUUUACGAGGGGAAUGGUCAGAUCAUUCAUUUGUACAAAGGGGAAAUCCGUAAGGACAGUCUGUAUGAAAUUAGUAAUGGGCGUUUGGGAAGGGUAGUGAAUAAUUGGUACAGAUACAGACCGCUCCCAGCCGAUCUGGUCAUGCAGAAUGCGUGCGGGCACCUGGGACUUCGGACUGAUGAGAUCUGUUGGACAAACUCCGAAAGUUUUGCUGCCUGGUGCAGAUUUGGCAAACGGGAGUUCAAAGCUGGAGGAGAGAUACAGACUCCAGAACAGCGCUAUUUUCUUAAGAUUCAUGUGUCUGAAAAUAACGUGCAUAGCUUGAUGUUUCACAGUUUGGAGGAUGUAAUAAGAGAAAAACGCAAGAUGGACGCAAGCGGAAGGUUAAGAGUCAUAAAAGAGUUUCCCAUAGUAAAUGUCGGAGAGGAGAAACACAAUACUGUAGCACCUUAAUUGAUUUAAAAAAAAAAAAAAAAAAA